UCCAGAGCGCUUUUUUAAUCAUCGCCUGCUUGUGUGGAUGCCGUACCACUUGUGGAAGGUCAGGCUAACCUGUCCUGUGUGUGGGAAGCAGCUGGUGGGAUACGGUGCCCACAAGAGAGCCCGUCAGGUCCUUGACGUGGACAGGUACUACCUGAUGGUCACAGAGACCCUCAGGUGCAACAGCAUUGGUUGCAAAACCAACUACCUGUCCAGCAGCAAGACCAUCCUGGACCAGCUUGACCUGGCUCACCGGCUCGAAUUCAGGCUCAUCCUGACUCAGAAAUAUGCUUGUGACAUUCGGGUCAUCCGCUUCUGCGGGAGAGGACCCUGGGCAACAGCCCGUCUCGCUUGCCUGUUCCCUGUGGUGUUUCAGGACCCGCCUGAGCCUGUGGCCAUUCCCACCUAUAAGUGGAUGCUGGCGGUCUACGGGCGGGACAUCUUAAGCAGGCUGGAGCACAUCAAAGCCAGCAUUACAUCUACCUUUGGCUCCAUCCUGAAGAUGGACUCCACAAAGAAGAUCACCAGGAAGUUAUCGGGCAUUGCCAAGGGGACUGCCCUCUGGCUUUCCUCAGUUAGUAACGAGGUGGGUCAGAUCUUGAUCAGUGUCCUGACUGCUCAGGAAGGCUCUGGGCUGGACCUGAUGGUGGCUGAUCUCAUCCGGAGGUACAGGGAAGCAGGUGUGGCUCCUCCAAAGCUCCUGAUGCACCAAGGAUGCCCAUCCCCUUUACCCAUCUUCAUGGCUCGUCUGUCCUGCUGCAUAUUUGAGUGGGAUGCAGGUGACGUUGCCUUGCUGCGCCGGGUCAAGAGGGAGCAGCUGAAACGGGAGGGGGUUCCUGGCAUCACUGAUAGCCUUGUGAACCAGAACAUUAGGAAGAGUGAGUUGGUGCUCUACUGCAGAAGGAGGACAAGAGGAGAGAAGGAGACCAUCUCAAUGAUUGACCUCCUUUUGCAAGAGCUUAUGGGGGAGAAGGGCAGUGACUUCCUUGGUGUGCCACUCCUGGACAGGGAUAGGAUGGCGAACAUCUGGGAACAGCAGAGGAAGCAUGUAAAAUGCAUCCAGGAUGAGCCAGGUGUUCCUCUCUACACAGAGACAGGAUCAUCCACCAAGGAGGGCAUCGUCCUCACCACCUACAGGUGUGCCAGGGGCUCAACAUCACUGGAGUCCUUCCACUGCCACCUGGCCAGGUUCAUUCCAGGAACCAGUGCCAACAGUUUGAAUUUUCAGCUGUACCUCCUGGAAGGCCUGAACAGGUGGAACCAGGACCGUGGUGCUGCGGCACUGGCUGUCAAACCUCCCUCACUCCUCACCUACUCAGGGGACCUUGUGCACUGUGUCAACACCUUCAGUGUCAAGGUGCUUGGAAGGAAACUUGCCCCCUCCUUCCAACCCCCUGCAGUGUAUACUGGAGAGCUGAUAGGUAUUGACUACCUGUACCGCCAGACAGGAAGGGCAAUGCAGAAUGUUGACCCUGAAACAGAGGAGACGGAGCAACUGUUGGAGGAUGUGGCUGUUGAGGAGCCAGAGGAUGAGGGUUUUGAUGAUGGCGGACAUGACCCACAUUUGACAUUAUUCUGGCUCCACCACCAGCAUGACCUCUGGCCACCCAGCUCCAACCACCACCAUGCCCUCUGCCCUCCUGCCCCCAUCACCAGCAUGCACUCUAGCCCCACAGAUCCCACCACCACCAUGCCCUCUGCCCCCCCAGCUCCCACUGUAUCUGAGCAACUGUUGGCUGUUGAUGAGCAUAACAUGCCAGGGAUGGACAGGGUGGACAGCCUGGCAGAGUACCUGGUUGGGCUGAGAAAUGAGACGUCUCUCACUCUCAGCAACCAGCAGACCAGCACCAUUUUGUCACUGUGGCAAAAUCUUCUGCCAUUUGACCAGCAGCGGGUGGUCUAUGCAGCCAGGUACCAGGAGAGGCUGAAGACGGGGUACUUCAGGUCACCAAAAAAUAAAUUGGAAUUCACCCCCGGUGCGGAGAGCAUGAGGCGCUGCGUCCUGGGGUCAAGUGGAUCACCGGCACAGUGGCCCGACUGUUGUCGGCUUGUGGAGGCCAUCUUUGUCAGGCUCUGUCAGCUCCACAAGAGCCCAAAGAAAAAGGGAAAGGGCAGCCUGACAAGAUGGUCUCUCAUGCUGAAGGACUAUAGGAAGGUUAGGCAGCUGGUGAGGGACAAUGGAGCUCUAAUGAAGGACACCACUCUCCAGCUGUAUGAGGUCAACCAGACCACCCUCACACAGUGGCACAAUCAUAGAGUGAAGAGGCAGGAUUUGGCAGUCCUUCUGCAGGGGGUCAACCUGCCUGCCCCUCUUCCUGUAGCCCCUGUGCCUCUGCCACCAGCUCUAGGGCGCCCCACCUUUGUCCCUCAGCAGUGUGGACCUCAGCAUGUCUACAGCCUGCCCAAAUCCACUGCAGGACAGGCAAAAAGGAAGCAUGCUGCGCCACACACUGCUGCUCCAGCCACUGUCCGGCCAAAGGUGCCCAUUCAGAGGCAGUUAUUUCCCCUGCCUGCACCUCUGCCUACAGCUGCUCCUGCCCUUGUAAACCCUACCCCUGCCCAAAGCCCCUUGUUGUUAAUGUUGGCUGUCCCUCUCCCAGGCCUAUCGCCCCUGAUGGACCUCUUCCCCCUCCACCCCUUCCCAGAGGCCUACAAUCGUCAGGUGGAACAUAAUAAGUGCCGCAAAUGCCAUCAGCCCCGGAACAAAGACAGUGGCCACAGGCAAUUUCAUGGAUACAUUUAUUGCCCCACUUUCGCAGGGAUGCCACUGGAGCAGUGGCUGGAAGAAAUGAGGAGGAAAAGGGCCGAGAAUAAAUGA